AUUCCUAGCCAAGUUCAGCCACCUGUUUUUAAGGAGAAAGGCAGAGUAAAAUCAAUCAAUCAAUAUUCAUUCACAUUGUUUUUCAGUGUGCACCUAUAAAUGCAAAGCAGAAGGAAAUGAACACAGUGGUGUCUGGGAACUAUCUAUGCAUAGAGUCUACAUGACUUGUUUUACUGAGUUUAUGAAUAGAUACGUAAUAUUGCUUAAUUUUUAAAUGACUCUGAAUAACAAACAACAGGGCAUCAUGCUUUUGCUGUGUGUGUCUUGUACUCAGUGACGAUGUUGCUCUGUUGAGAAAAACUGAGAACAAAUCACCAGCUAUGGGAGGAUAUUCCUUCCAGUAAGACAGCUCAAUUCACUUUUAAAAAACGUAUUGCUAAAUCUAAAUAUUAUAGUCCCCCAUAUACUAGCUGUCAAAAAUCGACUCUGUUUAAUUGGUAAAGCACUUAAAAGCCUCUCGUCCUCUGUGUGUCAGUUUAGCAUAUGCUGCAUCUGUCAUGGAUGUAUUUGGAACAGUCUGAAUGGUUCAAACGUUACAUGUGUUUGGUUUAAGGAGGCUGCACACAGGGUUUGCUACAUUUAAAUCAGCCUCAAGCAUUGAUCGCCAAGAAAGACUGUCCAGAAUGUCAUUGAAAGAAUGUUCUCUAUAUCUUUGGAGGAAUGGUAGAUUCUCCUUUUACACAGAAGAAUCCUCUCUGGAUGUAUGACACUGAUUCAACCAAGUGGCUAGAGUGCCAGCUCACAGCAGUGGAGGGUGAGGGAACAGCUCCCGUGAAUCGGAAGGGCCACAGCGCCGUUGUCUACAGGGGCAGUAUGUACAUGUAUGGUGGCUACACUGACAUUAGAGGUGCUUCGCAAGAAUUCUGGGCUCUAUGUUUUGAUACAAAACAGUGGACCCCUGUGUCAGCUACCUCAUACGGUGGCAGUCCAGGUCCCCGGCACGGUCACUCUGCCGUGGUUUAUGGCAAAGGCAUGUACUUGUUUGGAGGGCUGAUGAGACUGAGUGAACAAAAGGACUUCUGGAAGUGGGAUUUCAUGGCUACCACCUGGUCUAGUAUCAGAAGGAGCCAGGGGCCUCCGAAAAUGGUGGGACACUCGGCUUUAAUCUUUGAAGAUUCUAUGCUGUUGUUUGGUGGAGGAGUUUCUAAUAGCAGGCCAAACAGCACUUUGUGGAAAUACCAUUUUCCAUCUCAAAUGUGGAAAAAACUGGCUAGCUCCGUUGAGCCUUCGUCCAAAUUUUAUCACUGUGCACUGGGGACUGGAUAUGGUUUCCAGGGGACUGCUGAUUCUCCAAGGACAUCAUUCAGCAAUUUGCAUCGAGAACAAAGAGGCUGUUCAAAGCUACUAGCUAUCUCUAAGCAGCAUGCCUGCUUCUGGGAGCAGCUUCACCCGGAGCCCACCUAUCAAAUUUUCAGCAACGAGGGAGGCAGUGAAAUAGAAAUGAAAACCUUCCGCCACUCUCAGGAAGAGCCAGGACUUUGCUUCGCUGCUUGCAGUGGAAAGCUGAGCACAAGCCAGGCAGAAAGCGUACUGUCCAGGCAGGAGAAGACUUUUUACCUUAACUGUUCAAGGGAAGAGGACUUUGCUGACAAUGGCCUGACAGAGAAAGAGGAGAGGUUCGGCUGCUUGCAUCCUUCCAGUGUGGACUCCGGGGAGCCUCCUAUGGUGCUGCUGCUUGGGGGCAAACCUUUGUCCAGUUCCUCUGCAAUCACAUUUUGGCAGAUGGGGCUCAAUAGUGCUUAAAACAGUGUCACUUGCAUGUCUGCACACAUUUAUCAAGAAGUGAGACGCUUCCUUAGUGCAUGUGAGUAAGCAAGCUCCCUCCUGAAAGAGAACGAACGAGCGAAUGCAUUGCCACUUACCCCAUUGUGUCAAAAACCCUAAUGAGACUUCCUUCAUAAAUAGAAAGCGUUGGGGAAAUGACAGUCCUAACAUUUCCUGCAGUCUGUAAACAAAACAUGCCGUUGUUCUCAGUUUACUGGUUGGGCGUCUUUGCCCCAAGAUUAAGUGGCUCCGUGGGGAUUGCAUACCUGUCCACUGAACACACGGAAGAUGGCCCUUGAUGAUAACAUUAGCCAUUUAUCAAUUGCUUUUAGACUAUUCAAAAACCUUUGCAAGUUCACUUGUGAAAUCUUCACAAGAGGAGCAGGUAAAAUGCAGCUUGUGUGUGGCUUCCCCCACAGGCUCCACUGCCAGCCUUUUUCAAUUUAAAGCUCCCCCCAUCUAAAAUUCAAUCUAGGAGGCAAUGUUUGCUGUGCACAGUGGAGGGCAUGGGGGGGGGUACUCAUUCUGUGCUAUCAACUCAAUUGACUUAUAGAGCCCCUAAUAGGGUUUUCAAGGUAAGUGAGAUAUUUAAGGAGCGGCUUUUACCAGUCCCACACACAAGACACCAGUGAGUUCCCAUGGCUGAGGGAAGAUUCGAACCCUGUUCUCCAGAGUCCUAGUCUGUCACUCUAUCCACUACACCACACUGGGAAUCCCCUUACCUCUACUCCCCCUGAAAAUCCUGAAGCUGGCAUUUGUUUAAAUGCACAUACAGUAGGUGGAAAUUACAUUCACAUCAGCAAGGCAUAGGUAUCAUUAAAAGAAUCCUCUGCAAAUUCUGUCAGAGGCCUUGGGUGGAAACCAGAAAUUAUUCCAACAGUUGAGUAGCAGGGUGUGGGUGAGUAAAAUGGCUGACCACUAGAGGGUACGAGGAUCUGCCACUUUUUCGUUUUUAAACAAUUUAUUUUUCACACCGGAGGUCCUGGAGCAAGUGUGGCCCUCCAACGUCCAGGGACGGGUGGGUGUGGCCCAUUCCUGUUCUGCAUAAACCCAGUCAUCAUGUGAGCCUGUAGUUUCAUAGAAAUCAUAGAAAAGUGAAGUUGGAAGGGGCCUACAAGGCCAUCAAGUCCAACCUCCUGCUCAAGUUUCUCCAUGUUGCAGAGAGAGUGGAGAUAAAAGAUAGUCACUUACCUGUGGACUUGAGAUUUUGGCUGAAGUGGGGACUUGAAGAGGGCUUCACAUAUCAUAGCUCUCACUUUGUAGCUGCCAAGCCACAACACUUAAAUCUGUGGCACCACAAGUCUCAGACUGGAUAUCAGCCUGCAUGGCAGUAACUGAUGAUUAAAUUUGAGGUGCCACCUCCCUUUAGUUUUAGACCCCUAGAAAUAUACGACAGGACUAUUCCAACAGAUUGUGCAUUUCCUCCCCAGCACUGUCUUUCUCCAGUCUGUGCAAGUUAUGUAAUAUACCACUCUUAUCUGUGCUACCAUUAGUUUCUGUGUUUUCUACUGCCCCCAUUUCCCUGGGAACUUUAGAACCUACCAUAGCCUAAGGUAGGUAUGCAUCCCAGAGAAAUGACAACACAUUGGCUUAAAGUAAAAUAAAUAAAAUUAUGUUUUGGCUACAUGUUGAUAAUAACUGGUAAAGAAAAGAUUUCCACUUAUUCCAGAUUACACCAGUGUAUCUCUUUCAGUCACAGCUUGAAAAAGAUCAGGUAGGAAACAUGGGUUGCUCCCGAAGUUCUGCAGAAGAGCAGCUCUGGACCUUUGAGGGAAGGACAUAUGAAUUCUGCAUGUAGCAUUUUCAGUCUGCCACCAGUAGGGACAGCAAAGAGCUCCAAUUGCAAACUCCUUGCCCUGUAUUAAUGCCUACCAGUUCCUAGCCAGUUGGGUCACUACUAUACUGCACAUGCAGUGUGGACACCUGGCCGUUUCUAGUGCCACAAGACAGAUGUGUGUUACACAUAACAAAACUCUGAUUUUCCUACAACCUGGCUGCUUCUGCAGAAGAAAAGCAUAGACAGGUUUUAUGUUAUCAAACAGGCACGUUUUGAGCAUGUCUGGUUGAGGUGCAUUACAUGAAGGGAAGCCUGGUUGGGGGACAGUGUUUACAAGAAAGGAUCCAGUUAGCAGUGAACUCCUUUGAGUUUCCAAAGCAAUUGAAUACUGACUUGAACAUUCAUUUUGUAUCUUCUGGAAACCAUCACAAGUGUACAAAACUAGCCACCACCCAUAAAAUUUGUAGUUCUAAACUAUACUGUGUAGACCACAGUAAGUCACACUUACCUAUGAGCUUUGAGAGGCUUUGCAUGAAAUACAUUGUGCUGAAGAGGUGGAAAGUAAUCUCUUGAAGUUAUCCUUUCUUGACAUUUGGGAAAGAUGAGAAGCACAUGGCAUACAGCUUCUACCAUGUCUCUUCUUUCCAACGCUGGUUCCACAGCCCAAAAGGGUGGUUGCUUUGGCUAUGUUACAGUUCUGCAUGUGGUCUUUAGCCAAAUCGUAUUACCUUACUGUUUUCAGAACAUACUAAAACUAAGGUACAUAAAACUUUUUUUAAAUGCUUGUGCAUAUGCACAAUUAACACUGUUAUGCUAGAUCCUAAUAGUGAAAGUUUAAUGAAAGUAUUACUUUUUAACAAGGGUGGCCUAUUACCAACAAAAAGGUAUAUGUAAACUUAUUGAAUGUCUUUCUGUAUAGAUUGGACGCCUUAAAAACCCUCUUGAAGCAUUCAGAAUUGCCAGGCACAGAAGACAGAUGGGAGUACAUCGACGGCCCCACUUCCUGAACCUCCCCAUUGAUGGGAAAGGUCUAAACUUUAAAGGAAGGCUCUCUCUGUGUUCGACAGCACAACUGCAGCUCCUCUUCAAACCUUGCCCAUCAAUAUGACAUGCAAUAAAUGCCCACCCAUCCAGUUCCACAUGCACACUUUUUGAAUGCAUGAAGCUG